AUGGCUGAUUUGAACCGCGAUAACAACAGGAAGCUAGCCACCAACAUUGGAGGAGAAUCAAGCUUGCCUUUGCAUGAAUUGGACAGGAACAAAAAUAGAUGUUAUUACUCGGGCCAUUUCCUAGGCGGGGCAUAUGAGGAGCCCCAGGGCGGGCUUAACAACUUGUUCGGGGGACCCAACAUUGUCCGGGUAGAGAGGCGAGUCGACGACCCCUCUAGGUUCACAUUACCUAUCCCUACCUACGGGGAUCUCCUCCGCACCAUGCGUCAUGAGGCCAAGUUCAUGGUGGAAGCAUUCAAGCGUCACAGAGAAGAGCCGGCGUGGACCGGGGCUACCAAGAUUGAAAUUUUAUAG